AUGCGGAAGAAACCCGCAACACUAGGUGGUAAAAACACGCAACAUGUAGCAAAAACCCGCAACAUUGGGUGGUAUAAUUUUGGAGUUUUACCACCUGAGGUGGUAAUUUUACUACAAUUCCGCAACAUUAGGUGUCCGCCACUGUGUAAGGUGGCGUACGAAAAUGUGUCUACAGAAACCGAAACGUACGAAGGCAAAUCUAAGGAUUGCGAUCAUGAACACAAAAUUGUUCUGUCCGCAGAGGAAACACAAGUUAUGCUUGUAGAUGACAAAUUCCAGGAUCAGAACAUGGAUCAUGAAGAAAAAUGUUUGACCCAGGAAAAAAAGAUGAGAUGA